UCCGUUACAAAAUGAUUUGGCCGAAACAACAAAAGUUGGCCGAAUUUUGGCGGCAUGUUGAAAGCCCCAAAAGUACAAAGAAAACGACAACUUAGGCACAGACAAUAUUCAACAUUUCAUUAAAAUAAUCUCAAAAUUGCAAAUAACGAAGCAAGAAACAAAGUAAAAAAUAACAGAAAAUUGAAAGCGAGUUGGAGCUUUUGAAACAAGCAAAGCCAAUUUUGAUUACACUAUCACUCCACAGAAUUAGCCAAGAAUCAUUGGCCGCCAACCAUUCCAAGCAUCUGGCAACCCUGUAUCAGCGGUAUGUUUGGUGGGGUCAGCAAGAGAUUCCUCAAAAACAAUGAUAUGACCGCCAAGUUGAUUGUGGUGGGAACACAUGCUGAAAGUUCAUAAUGCUUGCGGUUUUUACCAUUUUUACCGGUUCCCAUUGUUUCCCAUUGUUGCGACCGACCUUAAAAGGAACUUUUCAGUCAAGGACUGGUGCAAUCGCAGGACUACUUUCUGGAUAGGAUUUUUAUAAGGAGAAUAACGGCUGUAUACAGUAUCGGCUUAGGUUGAUUAGGACUAGUUUUAGCAAUCGAGGUACCUGCGUUUUCAUGUGGACAUUGCGUCAAUAAAGUUGUAUGCAGUUAGGAAAGAAAAAGCAUCAUGCUUCUUUUGACGAAGAGAAUAGAUCGCCGCGAUGGUGUUCUUUCAUGGCUGACUUUGCUUGCGUCAGUUUUCAUUACUGCAUGUUCUUGUGGCUUCCUCAAUAUUUUCGGCAUCUGCUACAGUUAUUUUCUGGAGAGGUUUGGUAAUUCAAAGGAAAAGACAGCAUGGACUGGCUCACUCCCCACUUCAUUGAUGUUUGUGUUGGGACCUGUUUCAUGCUGGAUCAUCAAUAAAGCUGGGCUAAGACUUUGCACAAUGAUUGCAGCAUUCCUUGUCAGCCUGUCUCUUCUGAUGACGUCAUUCGCUACAAACUUGGACCUAGUCUUCAUCUCGUUCAGCGUCCCUUUUGGGCUUGGUUCAUCUGUUCUCCUAAUGGCAUCGGUAAAAUCUGUGUGCAUUUAUUUUGAUAAAUGGUUAUCUUUGGCAUAUGGUCUCCAAACUGGCUGUGUUGCACUUCUCCAAGCGGGUUUUUCAAGCCUUCUCGUUUUGCUACUAAAAGAAGUUAGAUUUGAACGAACAUUCCAAAUACUAUCAGCUGUAUUUCUUGUCAUCUGUCUGGCUGGUGGCUUGACAUUUUGCCCAACUUCAUAUGCGGUAGAAAAAGACGAGCCUGAAAAGAAAACAACGAAUUUCCGAAUAUAUUUUAAGUUACUGAAGAACAAGAAGAUCUGCAUCUUUCUUGUGGCUAACUUCAUAGUGUCGUUCGCGUAUGGUGUGUCUAGCAUUCACCAGGUGCAACUUGCUAUAGAGAAAGGUGUUCAAGUGAGCACAGCCAAGUUGUUUCCCGUUUUUAGUUCUAUUUCUUGUGGCUUAGGCCGCAUCUGCUGCGGGCUUCUACUUGACCUGAAAGUUCAGAAGAAAAUAGCAUUUUACCAGCUUGUGAUGUUUUUAACUGGUUUAACCUGCUUUCUGGGACUAUUUGCGACAACUGAAGGACACCUUAUCGCAUAUAUCUGGAUAUACUCCGCUCUUGAUGGCAUGGUACAAACAUGCUGCACACCUUGCCUGCGGACUAUAACGGGUUUAACAUUUUUAGGAGAAGCGUAUUCCAUGGUACUGACUGUAGACGCCGUGUCUCUCUUGCUAGGGCCACCUCUUGUAGGGUUAGUGGUCGAGAAAACAAGAAGUUACAAUGCAUUUUUUUACAUGUCUGGGGCACCAUACAUAGCUGCUUUUAUAGAGCUCUUCCUUCUUCGAUUUGUUGUUUCACUGUCACAAGAUGAGACUAGCAGUGACAAGAGAGAGAGAGAAAACGAAGAGCAGUUAUUAUAAAGGUCGGAUCAAAUCACAAGUCAAUUUUUAGUUAGAUGUUAAUGGGUAGAAAUAUGAUAGGGAUUUUUAUUUGUACAGAAUAAUCUACCAGCAUAAUAACACUACUAUUGCCUUAAAAAUCUUGUUACAGAGAAGGAAAAUGUAUUUUAUUUUAUUACGAUCAUAAAGGAAAGAGGUACACCAGUAAUUAUUUUCAAAUGAAAGCAUGAUUUAAAACCCAUUAAUACUUUAAUAUUGUUACCUAUUGUAGUUUGAUGUUUUGUCAAAAUUUUCUACAAAAAGUGAGUCUUUUACAGUUAUUGAAAUUAGCAUAUAUUUAAUUGUAAUUUUGAAUUAUUAGUUAUGGUUAUGUGUUAAAUAUUUUUAUCAUUUUUAUUUUGGCUCGUUUUUUCCGUUAAUUCCUUCUCUCGUCGCAAAUAUUAAUGUUUAGCUCCCCAAAGUUUACCGUCAACUGCCCCAUUAUUGGAAAUCUCUUUCAACUUCAACUAUCACUGCAUUUUACCUUAUAUUAUAUUAUAUUUUACCUUUUAUGUAUAUUUCACACGGCUAUAUUAGUAAAUGCUAUUUAUUCGAAUAAUUUUGCUUGGCCUUCUGAGCCUCCAAUAACAAAGUAGUAUAUUUUUCCACGACUUAUUUGAAUUUCAUUCGAAUUCCUCGAUAUUUCCAAUCCUGUUCAUUGGAUGAACUUUUCGCGGAGCUAGAAGACGAUGUAUUACUGUUCUAGAAGGCAGGUAUAUCGUCUUGAAAACUGGAGCUUUAAAAAGAAGGGGCUCAGGGGUGUUCAUUGAAAGUUUAUUCGUUUCAAUCGAAAGAAAUAUCCCGGACUUAAAAAAAAAAUUCUAAAAAGAUACAAGAUUCAUUUAGAGACAGCCUUCUCUUUAAAAACAUGAAAGAUUUGCUUUGGUAAUUUCUUGAAAGCCGGUAAUAUAAUAUGUACUUGCGGUUGUAUAUAAUAUAAAAUAUGUAACUGAAAUUCAAUGAGGGAAAAUUGAACUCUUUCAUCUUUGUAAGUCUGUGUCACACUAUUGCUUACCAGUCAGGGACGUGGUGGGAAUUUUGUUGGCCGGGAAAAUCACGUUUUAUGGGCACGGAGGCAGCUUGGCGCCUUACUUCACUUUCUUCUCACAAAUCUGAUGUUACAAUUUAGACAGGGAAUUUUGUAGAAAAAACUAGCAAACUGCCUAACCUCAAAUUUUAUUUCACAUUCUUACUAAAUCGACCAUGGAGAUUCCAAAUCCAAGAUGGGCCAAAAAAAAUUAUCACCGGAAGUUACUGUUUUUGAUGACGUCAUCAAAAAAAUGAUAAAAAAUCUUUAAAAAUCGGCCAAGGACUCGAACUCAACUUUUUUUGCAUUUUUGCACUAAAUUAACUAUGCAGAUUUCAAAUCUGAGAUGAAAUGAAAAAUAUCUUGAACGGAAGUCAAAUUUUGUGAUGACGUCAUCAACUUGGAGAAAAUUCACUUUGAACCUUUUUAAUUGUUUUCUCGCAGCUAUCAUUGUCAAAUAUGCUCCAUAUUUGAAUUGCACACAUUCAGUGCUUUUAAAAGAUGUAUUGAAUUUCUAUUAUACUUACUUUUAAACGUUCUUUCAUGACGUCAUCAUCAUUUUAUGACGUCAUCGCCUUUUAAAGGUAAUUGAAUAACGCGUGAAAGGAAGCCUAAAAAUCUUUAGCUAGUUAAAAAAGUCAUUCAAAAUUGAAAUUUCGUUGUAUAGAAAAUUAUAUGGAUCCAUUCAUCCUUCAUCACUGUCUCUUUGCUGGAACUCCAGAAGAAAAUGUAGUUCCACUCAUCAUAGUCUGCUUUAAGCUGAUCUCCUCACCAUAAUUUUUCCCAUGGCCUGGUCCUCAUUGGUUACGUAAUUUUCUUCGAUUUCAUCACUAGAGCGCUGCAGAUCUUGCAGUUUUUAGCGGAGGGUGUGCGGGGCCCUGCACAAGAUGAACAUAAUUUGUGUGAAAAAAAUUUUGGAAUUAUUUUGCUGACUCCAGUAUUUUCUGCAGAUAUUCACAGCUUUCUUAACGUUGACGAUCGGAUAUUUUUGUCUUCAAGCCGUUAAGAAACGUUUUUCUCUGUAUAUCCUCUUCGUGCCAUUUCUUAUUUAUUUAUCAAAUGUAUGUUCAAAAUUAGAAUAUGUAAAGAAAUUGUUUUCCUAUAAACCACACUAAUACCACCUGUAGGCCAGAUCAUUAUUUCCAUCGUAUGUCUAACCAAAGCUUAAAGACAACUUCUCUUACCUUUGGUAAUGUAACCAAUAGUUAAUGCUUGUGUCGACCAGUAUGGAUCUGGUUGUAGAGCUUCUAAUUACCUGUUUUUCAUUGCCUUGCGAAUUCUUACUCGUUUCUGCAGAAGUGUUUCGUCAUAUUGCCCUUUGUAUGAUUACUUUUGCACAAAUUUGAUCGCUUUCGCAAGAAUGUCUUUGCAGAUUUCCUGUCUCAUAGUAACUCUCUCGUGCAAUUUUCCCUUUCCAGAACACUCCUAAAGCUUUUUAAAAUGUUAGCUUUCCUUACAACAACAUUACCGGUGUUGUUUCGCAGCCAAUAACUGCAAGAAUGACUGGUAGAUUUUUGGAACUAUCUGAACCCAGGUAAGAUACGACGUUCCAAAAUUAACGUACUUCUCGUUGUCAAUCUUUAAGGUAUAUUUCUUUGAAGGCUUUUCACACAAUAAGCAGAAAACUACAUUAGUGUCCUUUCGACAACUAAUAAAUUUUAUCGAUGAGGAAAGAAUGGAAUAUCAAGUGGAUGUCAGCCUCUUCAUAGCUGCAAUUAAGCAAGUAUGUCGUGGAAUCUUUGAUUAUCUUUAAGGUUUGUUAUAUAUUGGUAAACAUGAGUGCUUUCAAAAUUAACUGCUUCCCUUCUUAGCCCUGGUAGAGCCUUGAACUAGCUUUAGAAAGUAAGUUUGAUACAACAAGAACCAGACCAGAUAAUACAAAAUGUUCUUGACAAGUUAUCAAGUAGGAACCGAGUUUUGCAAUGGGUUAUCGCAGAGAUAAAGUGUUAUACCCGCACUAAACCUGUCUUAUAUUCCAUUUCAAGGUUGUUGUUGCUGUUAGUGAUGCUUGGCAGUCUUCUGCAUUACAAAGAUCAAGAUAAUCCAAAGGCUCUACCAGAGCUAAGAAGGGAAGCAGUUAAUUUUGAAAGCACUCAUGUUUACCAAUAUAUAACAAACCUUAAAGAUAAUCCAAGAUUCC